CGGAAGCGGCUUUCUGCAGAGAAAUUGGGGGCGCGGUUUUGAAAUGAGGUCUGAAGGCUGAAUGACCAAGGACGUGUGUGGUGGAGGCGAGGAAGCCGCUCUAAACUGGCUAUGCUCGAGAAAGCGUGGAUGUACCUCCGCAAUCCCGAAUAUAACUUGGAAAGAGCGGCGCGUUUUUCCUGGCCAUCUGGUGGUCCCGGCACGUGUGGGUGGCUACUCAUUGCCGAGACGCUGCUCACUGUUAAUUCGGAAAGAGGAAAAAAAACACCGUUUUCCAGCAUUUUUCUUGGAGGAGAAUAACACAGUAGGAAAAAUGUCUGUUUUCCCUAAAAUAUCUUUGAGACUUGAGGUUGAAAAGUAUCUUAAAGAGGAUUUUAUGAAUAAGGAGAUUGUAUCUGCUUUCGGGAAACAAGCAGCAGAAAGGAAAUUUGAAAUUCUGUUAAAUCACUUGUCACAUCCUCCAUCAUUCACAACUGUCAGGGUAAAUACACAUCUAGCCUCAGUGCAACAUGUGAAAGAUCUGUUGUUUGAUGAACUUCAGAAGCAGUUUAGUGGAUUAAAUGUUCCUAUUCUUCAACAUCCAGACCUUCAGGAUGUCUUACUUAUUCCUGUUAUUGGACCUAGGAAGAAUAUAAAAAAACAACGUUGUGAAGCAAUUGUUGGAGCACAAUGUGGCAAUGCAGUGUUAAGAGGAGCCCACGUCUAUGUUCCAGGAAUUGUGUCAGCUUCAAAGUUUAUGAAAGCUGGAGAUCUUAUUUCUGUAUACUCAGAUAUUAAAGGCAAAUGUAAGAAAGGAGCCAAAGAAUUUGAUGGAACAAAAGUAUUUCUUGGAAAUGGGAUUUCUGAACUAAGCCGCAAAGAAAUCUUCAGUGGGCUACCUGAACUGAAAGGUAUAGGCAUAAGAAUGAUAGAACCGGUAUAUCUCAGCCCCUCAUUUGACAAUGUACUGCCCAGCUACUUAUUUUUACAGAAUUUGCCAUCUGCUGUGGUAACUCAUGUUCUGAAUCCUCAACCUGGAGAGAAGAUUCUAGAUUUGUGUGCAGCACCUGGAGGCAAAACAACACACAUUGCAGCAUUAAUGCGUGAUCAGGGAGAAGUAAUAGCACUGGAUAAAAUACCCAACAAAGUAGAAAAAAUAAAACAGAAUGCUUUAUUGUUAGGGCUGAAUUCCAUCAAGGCGUUUUGCUUUGACGGAACAAAGGCUCUUCAACUCGAUAUGGUUAAGGAUGCUGAAGGAAAACCUCCAUUCUUACCAGAAUCUUUUGACCGAGUUCUUCUUGAUGCACCAUGCAGUGGGAUGGGACAGAGACCAAACAUGGCUUGUUCUUGGACUUUGAAAGAAGUGACUUCAUAUCAGCCUUUACAGAGAAAACUCUUCACUGUGGCAGUUGAGCUGCUGAGGCCGGGGGGCGUGCUGGUGUAUAGCACGUGCACCAUCACGCUGGCAGAAAAUGAAGAACAGGUUGCCUGGGCCCUCAGAACAUUUCCUUACCUUCAGCUUCAGCCCCAGGAACCACAGAUUGGAGGAGAAGGAAUGAUGGGAGCUGGCUUAGCAUUUGAACAAUUGAAACAGCUGCAGCGAUUUGAUCCAUCUGUUGUGCCGUUACGGGACACUGACAUUGAGUCUCUCAGAGAUGCCAGAGUAGAAGACAUGAUUUGGCUGGCAAAUAAGGACUGUAUAGGUUUUUUUAUUGCAAAAUUCAUAAAAUGCAAAAGCACAUAGAAGGAUCCUUAGAAAUGAAAAUUCUAAACGUUCGCUGUAUGGUUUUCUUCUUCUUCUUCUUUUUUUUUUAGCCCAACUGUUGUCAGGUCUGGUAAAUGAUGGCAUAGUUGUUAAGGAAACAGAAAAGGCUGUCAGUGGUUGCACCAGGGACCAAGAGAUUUGAUCAAGAGACUCUUAUUUCAUGGAGGAAGUAGUUAGGGGUGGUAUGAGAUUAUAUUUUGUGUCUUUAAAUAAUUUUUUUCUUAAGGAUUUAGCAUAGUAUAAAGAAAAGGAGAUGCCUGUGGCUAUCUGGAGCAUAUUUUCAUUUGGGGUUUUGUAUUUUAAUGUGUAAAGAAUGUAAGUCAUUUUUAAUGUUAAAAUUUGUGAUUGUAAGAAAUAAAAUGAGCAAUAUUUAAUGUGGUAAAAAAAAAAAGUUAUUUGUCCUUGAGUCAUAAAGUAGUUCCCUAAGAAUACAGGGUAUGAGAACUAUAAUGUGUAACCAUAACCGAGCUGAGCAUUUUAUCAGAGUUUUUCUGCUUACUAUUUGAUAAAUCAACUUUUUUUUUCUUUUAAGAUUUAUCUGAGAGAGAGAGAGAGACCACGGGAGGGGCAGAGGGAGAAUCUUAAGCAGACUCCUUGCUGAGCACAGAGCCGGACACUGGGCUUGAUCUCACCACCCUGAGGGCACGACCUGAGCCAAAACCAAGAGUUGGAUGCUUAACCAACUGGGCCACCCAAGCGCCCCUAAAUCAACUCUUUCAAAUGAAGUCUAGACCUCUCCUAAAUGCUAGUUUGUGUUCGGAAUUUCUUCUGUUGUGUCCAUCAAGAUGGCAAGGUCUCUGGGAUCAGGGCUCCGCACAUUUCUCCAAACUUUAUGUUUUAAAAAAUCCAUGUCUUCUCAUGCUCUCCGCCAAGCCUUAUGUGCUCAGCUGGGACGAAGACUGGAGACAGGGAGACCAGCAGCAGACACGAGCAAAAACAAGGAGCCAGCAGAUGAAUGCCUUCCUAGUCACCUUUGGCAACAAGCUUCCUCACAUUCCCUGACUGCUCAAUGGAUUCUUAAAGCAACACGUCGCACAAUUAAAUACAAAGCCAGGUGGGUAG